UAUGGUAGUGCACUAGCUCUCUGUGUCUGCUUGAUUAAUUAAUUAAUUUCAUCAGAACUGUAAUCCAUCAGGUCAGUGCGGCAGCAAUGAAUCACUUCAUUUCCAUGAUGUUUUCUCUGCUAGUCUUUAUUGGGCUGCAGGUGAGCGUUGAGUCCCUAGAACGGAGCACCAACAGAGGUUACAUAUCGGAGCUGACUGUGUCGAAUGGAGGGACAUGGGGCUCGUGGGGUAACAAGGAAAUGUGUCCCGACGGAACGUACGCUGCAGGAUUCAGUCUAAAGGUGGAAGCCGAUGGUACCUCGGAUAACACUGCACUCAACGGGAUUCGCCUUCACUGCCUUAGUGUGUUUCAUAGAUUAUCAAACUCGUUUCAUGACGAGAUCCCAGUUCAGUCAGGUGUAGGCAGCUGGGGUCAGUGGACAGAUGUCAAAUGGUGUUCUUCUGGAUUCUUGAGAGCUUUUAUGAUGCGAGUCAAACCUAUUAAAGCCGGUACUGAUAACACAGCUGUAAACAACAUCGUUUUUCAAUGCAAUGACGGGGUUGUCAUGAAGGUUGACGCCACAGACUCAGGUGAUUGGGGCAAAUGGAGUAAAACGUGUGAAGGAAAAGGGAUUUGUGGUCUCAAGACGCGGGUACAAGGGUUGCAGGGAAGUGGAGACGACACCGCUCUCAAUGACGUGGUCCUGUACUGCUGCAAAUAAGGUGUUAGAGGACGACAAUAAGAAGAUCAGAUGAAUCAUAAUGACUGAUCAGCAUAAUGUUAUGAGCUCACAUGAACCACGUCAUACAACAGCUGCUUAUUAUCGCAAAAUAAAGCCUGAGAUGUGAUCAGGACCUCAACACAAAGCAGAGGCCGACUGUACAUCAUCUCACUCCUUACACAGCAAUGCAAAGUGUGUCUUAUCAAUUAAUGCUUAUCAAAUCCACAGUGUCCAUACUCCACAUUCACUGUAAAGCUGCCAACCUGCUUUUUUCUAAAGGAUGUAAUUGUGUCCUAAAAUCUAUUAAAAUGUUCUAUCGGCUUGAAAUGA